AUGGCAGAACCGCCAUCGCCAUCACCACCCACCAUUCCUCAGGAGAAUAUCGACGAGGCCAAGGCUGCAUUUGCUCGCGAUCGGCCACUUGUAGAUGAUCUCCGACCGGGAACCUUCUUCGAUGACCCGAGUUACCUUGAUACCCUACCUCACGGUGCCAAAGCUCUAGUUUGUGCCGUGCAGCAUUUGGGUGACCAUCCGGAUAGGCCAGGCCUCUGUCAUAUCCAGUCGGUGCAGGCGUUCACGCGAUAUAUUGUGACCCAUGAUCUGGAACAACUCAACAUGGCGUUUGCCAUGGAAGCCAUGUCUCUUCGCUAUGUCCCGCCUGGCCACCCGGGCCGUGGGAAGUCCAACAAUCACAUGGGAAAGCUGUUUCAACAAAAGUGGGAGAAUGAUAACAUCGCCUCUGAUCUCGAUGACACGAUUCGCCACUACAAAAUCGCAGUCGACACUGCUAAGGAAACGGACGAGACGAUCAGUGACUGGUCCUGUGAUGUGGCCGCUCUUGUCACGAAGCGCUGGAAUCGAACCAAACAACCGAGCGACCGGCAGGAUGCACGCAAGUUUUUUGACAAAGCUAUUGAGCUGGCCGGCGAGUCCCCAAAGCGAGCGAUCCAUCUUUCCAACAAAGGGGAGACAAUCCGUCUGACGUUAUUCGGCAAUGACGAAGAGCGAGAAGCACUUCUUACCGAGUCAAUUGGCUACCACGAGAAGGCCCUCGAGCUUUGUGGGAUUCUUCUGGCUCUAUCUGAACGGCCUAAGAUUCCUUACGGCAAUAUUCACCGCAAUGUCGCCCAGGCAUACCUCGCGAAGUUCCAUCUGUUGAAGCGGCCGGAAGAUGGCGACAAGGCUGCCUCCCUGCUGGAAAAGGCAGUCGACUUCGAGACAGUUGGAAGUGCCGGCUGGGAACGUUUCAUGAAUGAGCUUGGCAACGUGUAUAAUUUCAGAGCGCAAUUAUGGGGCAACGCGGAGUAUGAGGAAAAAGCGACCAAUAUUUGGAGGAAAGUCAUAGAGCAUAGGCCUAAUACGGUGGUCGCAAGGACAUGCCUUGCAGAGCUUUACCGUUCAACCGCGGCAAAGGCCCUGGGCGACACUCUUACCGUCGAAGCAAUCGAAGAGGCUACCUCCCUGGCCCUAAUGGCGGCUAAUAUGUCAGUUUUGCAACAGUCAAAUUCAGGACUAGCCAACGCCCGUUCUAGCUCUGUUCUGUACACCAAAUACGAACUUCUGGGUCAGAUAGAAGAUCUCAAUCAGGCCAUAGAGUACGCUCAGAGGGCGACACGGGAUCAAAACAGCGACGAUCUCUGGGAUCAUCACCGCCUACUAGCUCAGGUUUUGAUCACUCGAUUUGAAAGCCUCCGUCGCGUGGAAGACCUGCGUGAUGCCACGCUUGCGGUGCACGAGUCCAUCAAAGCGUGCAGCCCUGAGAACUUCGAACAGAAAGCGGGCUGUCAAUGGGUAGUGGGGAAAAUUACCAGAUUGACAUACGACAUGAUGCCAAAUGUUCAACUGCUUCGGCAGGCAAUUCAGGUCUUCGAAGUCUGCAGCCAGCUCAUGUCCAAAAAGUCCGUAACACGCUGCCUAGCUUUGAAUGACCUGGGCAACGCUUACGCGCAACUAUUCAGCCAUGAGGCGCUGCCUGUGCAGCUAGAGAAAGCCAUCGAGGCAUAUCAAACGUCUCUCUCCGGGCUUCAAUCUAUAUACGAUUCCGAUCGGCAUCCUGAUAUCCUCAUGCUUAAUGCAGCGCUUGGGACAGUCAUGAUACAGCGUUUCCAGACCUGGAGGGCCCAGACCGACAUUGACUCCGCUGUAACGUACUUUCGUCGCUGUCUGCUGGGCAUUCAUGAAGGUCAUCCAAGGUACAUCACCCGCGUGAGCAAUUUGUGUUACGCGCUACAACUCCGGUGCCAGAUGAACGGGAUCAAGGGAAGCCUGGAUGACUUGAAGGAGACUCAACGGCUUCUUAGAAGCGCGCUUGAGUCACCCAAGCUAAUCAGCAAUGAAAUGAAAAAUGGGCUAUUUAACCAUCUUGGCAACGCUUUUCUGUGCUCUUUCACUCUCAGCAAACAACCAACCGAUUUGGAAAAUGCCAUUGAUAAUUACACUGCGGCCAUUGCAGUGGAGGGGUGUUCUCCUGCAGCCCGUGCGACGGCAAUGAUAAACAAAGCUGAAGUGCAGAGGUUAAUGGCUGUUUCCAGCGGGCUACUGUCUGACUUUGAAGCGAGCAACCAGACCAUGGAGGAGGCCCAGCAGGUGCUAAGCAAAAAUGAUCCGCGUUUCUGGUCUAUCCUCCUAAAUCAAGCCAACCUGUUGUACAGCGUAUAUGACAAACAUACAGGUUCGGACAUCAAAGAGUAUGGGCUCCGCGCUCUUGCCAAGUACCAAGAGCUCCUUCACAUGCCAAAUCUACCUCCAGCUUCGCGCAUCAGCGUUGCUUCUCUCGCAGCCAGUCUUACUUCGCAUUUACUCGAUGAUCAAGCAAAAGCCCGAGAUUAUAUCCUAGUCAGUCUUGACACGCUUCCAGAAGCAAUCCUCAUGCACGAAAGCCGGCUGGAGCAGCUAAAGUUUGUCCGAGCAUGCCAUUAUGUUCCAAGCAGCGUGGCCGCGCUGUCUCUCAACGCGGGAGAUCCGCCAAACGUAGUUAUACAGCGUCUCGAGGCUGCAAGAGCCUUCAUCUGGGACCGAAUCGAGAAUCAAACAACACAGAUUGAUGCUCUUGAAGCUGAGCAUCAGGAGCUAGCGGGCAAGUUUCGCACAGUACAGCAGCGGAUCUUCCAAAAGAGCGGGCCGGCUGGGAAGCGAGGUAGGGUGGAUUUGGCCUCGGUCGCCCCAGAUGACCUCAAUAGGCUCCAACGGCAGCAUGACGGUGAUGUUUAUCGCCAGCUGCUUCAGCAGAUCCGAGCCCUCCCGGGACACGGCUCCUUUUUAAGAACCCCAGAUGCUCCGCGGGACCUUCAGAGUUAUGCAGCGGACGCACCCAUUGUUUUCAUCAAUGCGAGUAAAUAUCGCAGUGACGCUCUGGUCAUCACCAAGGACAGUAUUGAGCAUUUGCCACUCCCUGCUUUCAACAUGGAGCGUGUUAUGCCGUAUGCAGCACGCUUCAUGCAUGCUUUGGAUAUGCUGUCCAGAGAUGCAGAGCAAGCAGUCGCUCUGACGGAGUAUCAAGGAGUCAUGAAAUGGGUCUGGGAAUCCGUUGCCAAGCCGGUUCUCGAUAGCAUUGACUGGCAGAAAUAUGAGCCCGGUCCGUCCGGAAAACCGCGAAUCGUUUGGGUGUCAACGGGAUGGGUCAGCGUGCUUCCCAUCCACGCUGCAGGCGACUACGAAAGCACCGCGAUGAGCGAUGAGCCCACGUGUGUCCACGACAUGGUUGUUUCGUCGUACACUACGUCCCUCAAGGCUCUGGACGUCAACAAACAUAAUGCUCGACGAAUCGGCACCGAGUCAGGCGCUGGUUCCAGGCAAGCGAUGAUUGCCGCCAUGGCGACAACGCCCGGACUGGGUCCAGAAAACGAUUUAGACGUCGAACCCGAAAUUAGGUCAUUUGAAAGGACACUUGGGACUUUAUUCAAACUGAAUUUGCUAAGACAACCAGACUCAAAGGUUGUGAAGCAAGCCCUGUCCACGGCAACCAUUGGUCAUUUUGCCUGCCACGGUCGCGCUGACAAAGAAGACCCUUCACACAGCGCUAUCAUGCUACAAGACAACCAGGCGAAGGUGCCACCAUUUUCCGUGCGAGCACUUCUGAAACUCAAGCUGAAGACUUGUGGGCUUGUUUAUCUAUCUGCGUGUGAGUCCGGCGUCAGCAAGGACCUCGCAGUGCGAGACGAGGGCAUCCAUAUUGGCGGAGGUUUCCAUAUUGCCGGCGUGCCACAUGUCAUCUCCACACUGUGGAAGGUAUCGGAUAUUGUUUCCGCCCAACUCUCUGGGUUGUUCUAUGAGCGACUCAAAAAUGAAUCGGGAGAAGUUGAUCUUGCCAGGGCACCGCAUGCUCUUCAUAUGGCAAUAGGCGAGUUGAAACAACAGGGUGUGCAUCCGAUGCUGCUGGGGCCUUUCAUUCAUUCUGGCCCUUGA